GGCCCGGAAGCCAGGCUCGGCCACGUCUGCGAGAUCUGAGUGAGCUGGUUUGGUGCACACUGCGCGGCCGCAUCUCGCCUGUGGAGAGAACGUUCUUGCUCCAGAUCUAGACAUGGAUCUGGAGGCUGUUUCUAAGCGCUCGGCAUUCCAUGCCAAGCCUCAGGGGCUCAUUCUUCAGUAUGGGACUGCUGGAUUCCGGACAAAUGCCCAACAUCUCGAUCAUAUCAUGUUUCGAAUGGGGUUGCUAGCUGUCCUGAGGUCAAAGCAGACAAGAUCUACCAUUGGAGUCAUGGUUACGGCCUCACACAACCCUGAGGAAGACAACGGCGUGAAAUUGAUCGAUCCUCUGGGGGAAAUGUUGGCCCCUUCCUGGGAAGAGCAUGCCACCCGUCUGGCCAGUGCCGAGGAGCAGGACCUGCCCAAGGUGCUGGCUGCCAUCGUGGAGACAGAAGCCGUGGAUCCGCAGCAGACUGCCUUCAUAGUUGUUGGCAGAGACACCAGGCCCAGCAGCGAGAAACUUUCCCAGUCUGUAAUAGACGGCGUGACUGUUUUAGGAGGUCAAUUCCAUGAUUAUGGCCUCUUGACCACACCUCAGCUACACUACAUGGUGUAUUGCCGGAAUUCCGGGGGCCGCUAUGGACAGGCCACCAUAGAAGGCUACUGCCAGAAACUCUCCAGGGCUUUCGUAGAACUCACGAAACAGGCUUCCUGCAGUGGAGACGGAAGCAGAUCGCUUAAGGUUGACUGUGCCAACGGCAUAGGGGCCUUGAAGCUAAAGGAAAUGGAGCACUACUUCCGCCAGGGACUGUCGGUUCUGCUGUUUAAUGACGGGACUGAAGGGCGGCUCAACCACCUGUGCGGUGCUGACUUCGUGAAAAGUCAGCAGAAGCCCCCGCAGGGAAUGGCAAUGAAGCCGGGUGACAGAUGCUGCUCCUUUGACGGGGAUGCAGACAGGAUCGUGUAUUACUACUGCGAUGCAGCUGGCCGCUUUCAUCUCAUAGACGGAGACAAGAUAGCGACGCUCAUCAGCAGCUUCCUUAAAGAGCUACUGUUGGAGAUUGGAGAAAGUCUGAAUAUCGGCGUCGUACAGACGGCAUAUGCAAAUGGAAGUUCCACAAGGUACCUUGAAGAAGUUAUGAAGGUACCUGUGUAUUGCACUAAAACCGGUGUCAAACAUUUGCAUCACAAGGCUCAAGAGUUUGACAUUGGAGUUUAUUUUGAAGCGAAUGGGCAUGGCACAGCUCUGUUCAGUGAGGUGGUUGAGGUGAGGAUAAGGAGACUCGCCCAGGAGCUAGAAGAUGAAAAGGGGAAAGCUGCCAGGAUGCUUGCGAGCUUCAUCGACUUAUUCAACCAGGCAGCUGGAGAUGCUAUUUCUGACAUGCUGGUGAUUGAGGCCAUCCUGGCUCUGAAGGGGCUGUCUGUACAGCAGUGGGAUGCUAUUUAUGCCGAUCUUCCUAACAGACAACUCAAAGUUAAGGUUGCGGACAGAAGAGUUAUUAGCACCACAGAUGCUGAGAGACAAGCAGUCACUCCACCAGGACUCCAGGAGGCAAUCAAUGACCUGGUGAAGAAGUACACGCUUGCCCGAGCUUUUGUACGGCCGUCUGGUACUGAGGAUGUUGUCCGAGUCUAUGCAGAAGCCACCUCACAAGAAAGUGCAGAUAUGCUUGCCUAUGAGGUGAGCUUGGCGGUGUUUCAGCUGGCCGGAGGCAUUGGAGAAAGACCACAACCACCUUUCUGAAGAUGAAUUUUAUAUUCUGUGGAAAUGGACUUCUGAAAUGUUUUUAUAACACUUUAUAAUACUAAAGCACUAAGGCAUUUGUAAUCGUGACAUGACAAAUGCAUGCUAAUGGAUUAUUUCUAGAUGGUUUUUAAAUGCUACCAGGAAAAAAAUGUUUAGAAGCUCUAAAUCUUAGACAUGGGAAUGAAGCUUACCCUGAUUUUAAUCUGUAUUAUGUUUUAAUAGCUCAAGUGUCAUUAAUUUUACAGGGUAUUGGGAAUUAAACUUUAUUACCAACUAACUCGUGGCAGCACCUUCGCGAUUGCUCACCUCACCAAGAUGUCUUGCAGCACUGACGUGCCUGGUCCACAUAGGGAGAUUUUGUAUGAUCCGAUUUCCCAUGCAGACCUUACUGUGAGGAAGAAAUGCCUUGUUUGCUGCUUCUCGGCAUCAGAGCUGGCAGGUGGCCCAUCCUUCCGUGCACUGACAAGAGGGCUGUGCUGUGCCCACUGGAGUGUGUGGUCCAGGCUUCAGCUACUCACUCCUUAGUGCUCAGGGAAGGGAUACAGCUCUGUCUAAUACAUGAAAUCUCUCACAAUGAAGUGACCAUUGUGAUACUAGGACAUUAUUAGCCACAGAAAGAAGAAAAACAACUUAAUUAAAUGAGGCUUGAAACCAAGCAGGAAAAAAGAAAACAUGGUGUGUAUUUUGCAGGUUUAAGACAACCCAAGACAGUGAAACAAUGGACUAUAUAUGCAGAUAUAGACCUUGUAGGCACACCAUCAUCCGUAUGAGCCACCUAUAUAUUUAAACUUGAUCAGGCCACAUUCAGACAUAAGCUCUUAUUUACAAAUAUUUAAAUUAAAUACAACCGGAAUAAUGUUUUGUUACAUAUACACAUAUAUAUAUAAAAGAAAAAAACUGUA